UCCUCUUUACCUCCGCCUUGUUCCUUACCUCUGCCUGUACCUCACCACACUGCCCAGACUUACUUGGUUAACGCACCAGAGGGCAAUGGCCCUCAGAGCGGGGCUGGUCCUGGGACUCCACACCCUGAUGACCUUCCUGAGCCCCCAGGAAACAGGGGCCAUCAAGGCUGACCACAUGGGCUCCUAUGGACCAGCCUUCUAUCAGUCUUACGGUGCCUCAGGCCAGUUCACCCAUGAAUUUGAUGGGGAACAGCUGUUCACUGUGGACCUGAAGAAAAGUGAGGCCAUGUGGCGUCUGCCUGAGUUUGGCGACUUCGCCCGCUUUGAUCCACAGAGUGGGCUGGCCAGCAUCGCCGUGAUCAAAGCCCAUCUGGAUGUCCUGGUGGAACGCUCCAACCGCACAAGAGCCACCAAUGUGCCUCCAAGAGUGAUGGUGCUCCCCAAGUCUCGGGUGGAGCUGGGCCAGCCCAACAUCCUCAUCUGCAUCGUGGACAACAUCUUCCCCCCUGUGAUCAAUAUCACCUGGCUGCGCAAUGGUCAACCAAUCACCGAGGGAGUGGCCCAGACCAGCUUCUAUUCCCAGCCUGACCAUUCAUUCCGCAAGUUCCACUAUCUGACCUUCAUACCCUCAGCUGAGGACGUCUAUGACUGCCAGGUGGAGCACUGGGGCCUGGAUGAGCCACUCCUCAGGCACUGGGAUGAUGACCCUGCCAAGAGAAAUUGA